AUGUUCAUUGAAGAUUUUAUUAUUAGCUGUAUAUUUUUAUUAUUAGCCGUAUACUUAAAUACCUUAAAAAGAGAUGCCGUCUAUGUUUUGUUGUUUACCUUAACAAGAGAUACUGAAAUAGCAUCAGCAUCAAAAAAACCAACAACUGUUACUGCAGUUUUAGUUUCUUUCUUAAUUGUUAUUAUAAUUGUUGUUGCAGCACUUUGGAUUUACAGGAAAAAAAUUAAACCCCAACCAAUGUUAAAUAUAGAUAUUUACCAAUUAGAAAACAACCUGAAACGUGAGAGACAAUCAGCAGACAAAUGGGAGAUUUAUCCUAAAACAAUAAAUAUAGAAAAAAAAAUUGGAGAGGGAGCUUUUGGUAACGUUUUUGUUGCAAAAAUUAAUUCAAAUAUUGUUGCAAAAACUUGUUAUGGCAGGCAAACUGGAAGUGUUAUGUUUGAUACCAAAGAUGAUUUUUGUAUCAAUGUUGCUGUUAAAUUUUUAAAAGACUAUGCAAAUCAAUUAGAGUUUAAUGAUUUUACUGAAGAAAUUAAUCUUAUGAAAGGAAUUGGAUAUCAUAAGAAUAUUGUAAAUAUGAUUGGUUGCUCUACACUUGAAAAACCUUUAUGUUUAGUUGUUGAGCUUAUGGAGAAUGGAGAUUUGUUGCAUCUGUUAAGAAUAUAUGAUUGCUCUGAAAUUUUUAUUGAAACACCAAAAGAUUUAGAACUGCAAUCUGCAAAUUGGUCUGAGUACAAGCAUCACAAUAUAAUGAAGUUCCUUGUAUCGGUUACAUCUAGCUCUUUCAUAAAUUUUGUUUUGGAAGCAUAUACUGGAAGAAUAUCAGAUUAA